AGCUUAUUCAGUUCCAUAUAAGUUGCUUUGUGAAAAAAGGAGAAACGUUCAGAUGAAUAGGAAGAGCCAAGCUGCAAAGAUGUCUUACAUGCACAACUGAAGUAUCGCAAAGAUGGAAACUUAAGAAAUUGGAUAUUGAUCAUUUUGCAGCAGGACGAGGAGGAUCAUCAACACCUCUGAAAAGGGAGAGGCCAGAAACAGCUUUGCCACACUGUGAGAGAGAGGAAAGAUUACUCUAACAGAAUACGACAGAUCAAUGGAUGCAAGUGCAACUACAGACGUCGAUAAAACUGAUGAUGAUCUCAUCAUUGUAUUAUUUGGUGACACAAGUUCAAUUGAGUCUGGAACAAAAAACAUCCUAAUUAACCAAGAUGAGCACACAGAGUUUUCAUCCAAGUUGUAUGACUUGUGUGGUCGGCGCAUAUCUGUCAUUAACCUCAUUGGCCUACGAGACAUUAAUGAAAUAACUCUAAAUAAGAAAAUCAAUGCCUUUCUUUUACUGAUCUCAUAUGGCCCUCAUGUGAGUCAAUACAUAUCAGGGCUGCAGUGGUUGGAAAAAACCUUUGGGAGAGCAGCAAUUUAUUAUUUGAUGACAGUUGUGACUCAUAAUUCAGGUGAAAAAUGUGAAGACAUAUUUAAAGACCUCAAAGUUUGUGACAGCUUUAUUGAAAAAAGGUACCACACAUGUACGAGGACUAUGUCAGUCCCAGAGGAAAUAGCAGAUCUGCUGAUAAAAGUACAGACCAUGGUGUCUAACAACAAUCCACCCUGCUUUACUGGACUCAUAUGUGGUGGAAGCAAAGAGCAAAAUAAGGAUUUGGAGCCAGAAUCUGUGGGACACAACUUGAUGGAGUCUUCAGUAGUUAAGAAAAAACAAACAGUGCCUGGAUACCAUUUCUCAGUUGCCACAGGAAAUGAGGCGCUGAAGAGUGAAGCUGAAAGAGAGGGUCCAGCUAACGAACAAAGGGCACAGUCAGAAGAGAAUCAUAAUGACAAUGCAGCCAUGAAGACAGUAGGAACCUCAGCCACAAGUUCAGGACAAAAUGGUGAAAAGUCACAGAAAGAUUUGGACAAAGUCGUUCAGAACAGUCAACAUCAAAGAGACACUCAGACAUUGCUAUCCAGACUGCAGCUUCAAGGUGGAUCUCCAAAGAUGUCCCCAGGAAAAUUUCUCCAAGUUGGUCCACCUUUAAAACUGAACCAAGACGCAUCUGAGAAAGAUCUAGCAUAUUUCUUUCUUCACAGGUUGAUAAUGUUAGAUUACAGAGCCAGAUAUGUUCCUGUUGAACAAGACAGUCUUGACGUCACUUGUUCAAAGCCUGUUCCAGGCUCUGAUGAUUCAGAUGACAGUGACUCAGAGUUCUUUUUUAGUGCUGGUGCUGACUCAAAUCAGCCACACCAGACUCCUCCGCAUCCAAUGGAUGUUCAGAUGGCAGUAUUUCACUGCUCAGACAACUUCCUCAGACAGGUCAUGAUUACUAAGCUUUCCCAGUGUCAGUAUGCCUUACCUUUGCUGGUUCCUGACCCGUUUACGACUGAGAUUGAGUGUCCUCUAUGGGCAUUCAGACAAAUAACUAAAACAUGGAAGGUAACCAAGGGGGAUUCACAAGCCACCAUGAAGAAUAUUCCAAUCUCCAAAGCUGAAACACCCUUGGUAUCUUUUUUCCGCCUGGGAUCACUCUCAGUGUCCAAGUCCCAGCUGAUGAACUCCUUGAUCAACGACCGCCACAGCACCUUUUUCCACAGACACUGUCCUGGUAGCACCAAAACCCGACUUUUACUAGACGGAGUUGCUGAAAUUACCUGGUACUGCCCAGCUGGAAAACCCAGUGAUGCCUUCAAUAACUGCAUUGCUUUCUGCAACCUUCAUGGUGAUGCUCUGAUGAUUGAAAAGCAGCGUGACAUACUGAUGGAAAAGUCAUCAGUCAAUGUUGUGAUGGUCCAAAAUCUCCAUAAAGAUGACAGGAGUGGGAAACUUAUAUCAGCUCUACUAAAGUCCAAAAAGCCUCUGAUUUGUCUCCUUGUUGAUGAUGAUGGUGCUGUGGAGAGUAAGAAGGGAAAAUACAAAAUGGGACUCAAAGCAAGAAAUCAAGCAGAUGUUUCUGUUGAACUUAAAAGAAUCAUUCAAGGACUUUUGUCUUCAGGGGAUCCUUCAAUUUUAAAGACAACCUUCCAGCUUGAAACUAUGACUGAGAACUCAGAAAUCAAAGUGGAUGAAAGUGACAAUGCGUGCCAAAAUGGAAAAUCAGCUGCUGAGGAGAUAGUUCAUUUGUUUGAGAAUACAGAUGUUUCAAGCAUAAAGGAUGACUUUCUUUCUUACCAAGGCCAUCUGUGGCUGAAGUGGUGCAAAACAAAUAAAGAACUCCAUCGUCUCACAGGAAACAUUGAAAAUGACAAAUCCGAAAAGGAAAGAGAAUUGACUCAAAUUAGAAGACAACAGUGUGAUACUUCUUGCAGUGAAUUGAUGAGAUUGUUCACUGAGAACCUCUCCAAACUACAACCCAGAGAGCAAGAAUAUUUCCUGAAAUGGACUCAGAUCCUAACAGAUGCCCUCUCCGCAGACUGUAUUUCUUCAAUCCUUCAAAGCUAUGACAACAAAUGGUCUGAGGUUAUGGCUUUGAGGAAGAGUCACGACAAAUCAAAAAAAUUAGAAAAGAUGGAAACUGAGCUUGAACUAUUAUCAAAAAAACUGCAGUCUGCAACAUUUGGCUUGGAGCACAUUUUCAGAGAAAUGGGACAGAUCCAUGAGGCCCAUAAAACAAUACAUGGAGACAAUAAACCUGGCGAUUGGUGUGGCUAUCCCAAACUGGCUGCAGAUCUGCUGAUCUCAGGUUAUCCUCUGGAGCUGCUGGAUGGGGACGCUGGCCAUGUUCCCGUGAAGUGGAUCUCCAGCGUUUUUGAUGAAGUCAUCAGGAAACUGGGCGACCUGAAAGUGUUUGUGUUGUCAGUUCUGGGCUUACAGAGCAGUGGAAAAUCAACAAUGCUGAAUGCAAUGUUUGGACUACAGUUUGCAGUGAGUGCUGGGAGGUGCACCAAAGGUGCCUUCAUGCAGCUGGUCAAGAUAUCAGAGGAGAUCAAGAAGGACUUUAACUUUGAUUAUUUGUUAGCGGUGGAUGCUGAAGGACUAAGGGCUCUGGAACUGGAAAGUACUACACUUCAACAUGAUAAUGAACUGGCAACAUUUGUUGUAGGUGUGGGAAACAUGACUUUAAUCAACAUCUUUGGGGAAACUCCAGCUGAGAUGCAAGAUAUUUUGCAGAUAGUUGUUCAAGCUUCCAUGAGGAUGAAGAAAAUUAAACUCAGUCCAAGUUGUGUGUUUGUUCACCAGAAUGUUACAGAUGUCGCUGCAGCAGAGAAAAACAUGGAUGGCAGAAGGCGCCUGCAAGAAAAACUGGACCAAAUGACCCAACUGGCAGCCAAAGAAGAGGAGUGCACUGCAAAUCGCUUCAGUGAUGUCAUCGCCUUUAAUAUAGAGACGGAUGUGAAAUAUUUUGCUCAGCUAUGGGAAGGAAGCCCACCGAUGGCUCCUCCAAACCCAGGUUACAGUGAGAGCGUCCAAGAACUGAAGGCACACAUCCUCUCUAAAGCCUCAGAGUCAAAUGGGAUCAGGCUUUCACACCUCAAGGUACAUAUUCAAGACCUGUGGGACGCACUCCUGAAUGAAAACUUUGUGUUCAGUUUUAAAAACACACAAGAAAUUGCAGAGUACAGAAAACUGGAGACAGAGUAUGGGAACUGGACCUGGGCCAUCAGGGACAACCUGCUGACCAUUGAAAACCAGCUACACAACAGAAUAGACAAUGGAGACCUCGACAAGCUUGAGUCCAGUAAUAUUACUACUGAAACUAGCAAACCAUAUGAAGAAGUCAAAGAAGCAAUGGUAAGAUACUUUGAGGAAGAGAAAAACAAAGAAAUAUUGGUUCAGUGGAGAGGCCGAUUUGAGAGCAAAAUUAAAGAGUUUCACGAAGAACAAGUGGGAACAAUUAAAAGAAAACUGGAUGGAGUGAUUAAGCAAAAGAGUGCUUGGAAAAUGAUGGAUGAUAUGAAGGCAGAUUUUGAGAACAAGCUCCUCCAAAAGAGCAAAAACAUUGCUCAAAACUUAAAGAACAAGUCCAAAGGUGAAGCAGAGCUUCAACAUGCGUUCAACACUGAUUGGGAAAUGUGGGUUAAUGAUUUAACAAAAAAUACAAAACCCUUUGAGGACAUAGAGCUGGACAACGAUCUGUUUCUUAUCCUUAAAGAGAUUGGCAUGGAGGAAAAACUUAUUAAAGAAUGCAAAGAAAGCGGCACAUAUCAACAUAUAAACACUGGUAAAUACUUGGAUUAUGUAAAGACGAAUUAUCACAAUGAAACAAGUGGAAAAUCUCAAAGUGAUGAGACAGAAAACAAUGUAACCAAUAAACAAACAAAAUCUGCUAAUGUCAAUUUGAAAGCAGUCUUAAAACAAUACUUAAAAAUAUCCAAAGUACCUCUUGUUGAUCAAACACAGAUCAAACAAAUUAUUGACAUUGUUUCAAAAGAGUCCGUUGAGCUAAUGAAACAGAAACCUGUAGCAACAAGAGGCUACCAAUCAACCUAUUUGCAAGAAAUGGUCCAUUCAAUCAAAGAUAAUGUGGCCAUGUUGGAAUCAGAGUUAAAGUGUGUUUUUAAAAAGAAAUUUACAGUCGAUCUUGUUCUCUAUGUGUUUGAUUUAGUAAAGAAUUGGCUGUCGGAGUCCCAGCAGAAAUUCAAACUGGACAAUGAUGCAUUUUGCUAUCUGGAAAGCAGGAAAAAUCAUUACUAUAACAUUUUCCAAAUCUACUGCAAAGGAAGUUCCUCUGUUGUAGUGCUGAGCGAACUGAUCUGUGAGAAACUGAGACCAUCUAUUGCUAAAGCUGCUUAUACCAAGACUGCCUUGGCCCUCGCUCGAGAAAUGAAGUGUAAUGUCCCAGCCUUCAGUGGAAACAGGCUGAACUUGGAGACACAUGUGCUGAGGUCACUCGCAGAGAGAGAGGACUUUGACGAGUUCAUCAACUACAUCCAAAACCCUAGAGAGCAAGUAGAGUCUUUCAUUAAAGCAGAAGUCCAGAGAUACAUUAACACAGGUCAUGAGAAGGUAGAAAUAAUGCUCCAAAGAAAUGUGAAAGGCAUUUACUCAGUUGUGAGCCAAGCUCUACAUACUGCAACGGAGAAAGUUAAAAUCCAGCGAGGCGACAUAAACACGUGGCUGAGUGAAUUAUCCCUUCUGCUGAAAGAUCAGCUCAAAUUUGACAGUGCCUCUUUGAAGGACUUCAGCGACGUACAUGAUUUUGAUUUCCUCUGCAAAGAAGCAGGUAAAAAACUCAACUCAGUGAAAAAGCAAAUUAGUCGCUUCUCAGAUGAAGAAAUGAAAAACUCGAGGCAAACGCCUGAACAAAUCCUCAUUGAGCAGCUGUGUAGGUGUUGCUGGGUCAAGUGUCCAUUCUGCUCUGCUGUGUGCACCAACACCCUACAAGAUCACAGCCCUGACGACCACAGUGUUCCUUUCCAUCGAUCCUGCGCGCUCAGUGGCAUGUUUCACGCAAACACGAGACACAUGUACAUAAACUUCUGCACAUCGGAUGUUUCGAGUGAUCGCACUUUCUUUCCCAAGCGAGAAUCACGGAGACCCGUUCCCUAUAAACUAUACAGAAAGGCUGGCCCAGAGUUUGCUUCGUGGAGAAUCACCCCCGAUGAGUCUAAACUGCCGUACUGGAAAUGGGUUGUGUGCAGAUUCAAAAAUAAUCUGGAAAAAUAUUACAAGUUGAAAUUUGAGGGUUUAGGUUAUAUUCCUGAAAUGUGGAAAACAAUCAGUAAAGAGGAAGCCAUAAAAAGUCUGGAUGAAAUGUGUCAGUGAGAAAACUCCCCAACAACUCUGCAAGGGAAGAAUCUGUCGAUUUAGUUCUUUAUAUAACUACACCAACUCAAACAGUAAAAUUAAAAGACAAAAAUCAUACUAUCUAUAUGUAUUUUUUUCAUGCUUAGAGGCAAACAGUGUUGCAAAUACACAACCAAAUAAGAAUUAAGAUUUUCUUUUUAAACUGAGUCUUACUACUUUUAUAUUCAGCACUGAAGGGUGGAAGUUUUAUUUUAUAAAUUUACUAUUUUUCUGCUAUUAACUUACAUUUUACAUCAUAUAGUUCAAUGCUCAGUGUAGAUUUAUUUGUUGUAGUCUAAUACAAUUCAUGUAACGUGCAAAAAUCUCUAUUUUAUGCAUUGCGUCUCAUCACCUGAUCAACAUCAAAACUGCAUUGAUAUGACAACCCUUUGUGUGAUUUUUAUUUUUAGUUGAAUGAGUUUCUGAAACUCACAGAAGGACCAGUAGGAACUGAUGGUAACUUGUACUUUGAAUUAAUUAUUCUCUAACAUUUUCGCUAAGUUUUCUAUGAGAAGUAUUUGUUGCUGACUUAUUGAUACAACUUGCUAAAAAGUAUACAAAACCUACUGGAAUAAGUACUUUGAUAAUGUGCUUCAGAAA